AUGAAAAUUUUAUAUCUUUGUGCAAUAAUUUACUGCUUAGAAGAUUACAUUGUAUUAUUCGAGGACAGAACAAAUCUUAACAAUCUGCAAAGGAUAUUAAACCGCGAAAAUAAUCUUAUUAAGACUAAGAAACUUCUAUCUUCUAAGUCAAAAAUAAAACAUGAAUUUUUAAAUGGAUUCUAUGGUGAAAUGGAUGAAGAAACAAUAAAAAAACUAGAAAAAGAAGAAGAAAUAGCUGUCAUAGAGAAGGACAGCGUGGUAAAAAUAGCAAAUUAUAAAGUAAUGGAUAUAUUUUUAGAUGCAGGAAAUUUACACCACGAGAGAAAAGAAUCAACAAUACCAUUAGCCCUGCAAGAACGAGCACCUUGGGGAUUAAGUAGGGUUUUAGGAAAAUCAUAUGUCAAAUCAAGGCAAUACAUUUAUCCUGAAGAUGCAGGUAAAGAUGUGGAGGUGUUUGUAAUUGAUACGGGAAUAAAUGUCUUACACCCGGAUUUUCAGGGAAGGGCACGAUGGGGCGCAAACUUUGUCGGUGGUUCGUUAGACACUGAUGAUAAUGGACAUGGAACUCAUGUGGCGGGUGUAAUCGGUGGAUUUAAAUAUGGUAUAAGUAAAAAAGCGAAUAUAGUCGCCGUAAAAGUAUUAGAUGCUAAUGGUGUAGGAAUGAUUUCAAAAAUAUUAAAAGGAAUUGACUAUGUUAUCAAUGAACACGAAAAGAAAAGAGAACUGCUGUAUGACAUUGCAUCAGCCAAAUAUUUAGGAAAGAAACGUACGCCAAACUUGGAGAAGAAUCUCGAAGAGUUUAUAAAUGAAUCAAAUUUACAACCAAAAACAGUUGUAAAUAUGAGUGUAGGAGGUACAAAAUCCGUAGCACUGAAUUUCGCUCUUGAUUAUGCGGCAUCUUUAGGAAUACACUUUGCUGUUGCAGCAGGUAACGACCAACAGAAUGCAUGUUCUUACUCUCCUGGAUCGUCUAAACAUGCAGUGACGAUUGGUGCGACUGAUAUGCACGACAAAACAGCAGAUUUCAGUAAUUUCGGUAAUUGUGUAGAUUUAUAUGCACCAGGUGUAAAUAUUCUUAGUGCGUGGAAUGAUAGGAGAUGGAGAGUUGUAUCGGGGACAUCAAUGGCAUGUCCUCAUGUUGCUGGUGUUAUGGCUUUAUAUUUAGGAUUAGCAGGAUUUACACCUGAAGCACUAAAAAACAGAUUAAUUAAAGAUGCUAAAAAUGUAAUAUCUGCAGACAAUGCAAAUGAAUCGAUAUUUAAAGCUAUGUGGCCACUUAAUUGGUUUUCAGAUAAAGAAAAGCUUCCAUUAGUUUCUACAAAUAAAUUAAUUAAAAAGAUUAUCGACAAAAACAACAAAUAA